UUGUAUAUAUAAAGCCUCAAGACCUCACUUCACUCAUUCACUUCCAUCGAAGAAGAACACCUCAGAAUCAACACCGCUCCCCAAUUUCUCUCUCUAAGAUCCCACACCCAACCGCCACCCUCAAUCUCUCUCUCUCUCUCUCUCUCUUCUUCAGUGUCUGCCAUGGCUUUGGAGGCCCUCAGCUCCCCCACCGCUCCCUCCGCCCCGUUCCAAUUCAUGAAGGACUCCUCCCCCGCCGCCGCCGCCGCCGCCGCCUCCUCCUCCUCCUCCGCCUACGACCUCCCCCUCGCCGAGCCCUGGGCCAAGCGCAAGCGCUCCAAGCGCCCCCACAACCCGCCCUCCGAGGACGAGUACCUCGCCCUCUGCCUCAUCAUGCUCGCCCGGCGGCGCCGGCCGGACCCUCCCCCCGCCGCCUCCCCCGCGGUCUCUUCCGAGGCGGCCAAGGUGGCCUACAGGUGCCCCGUCUGCGACAAGGGCUUCCCCUCCUACCAGGCCCUGGGCGGCCACAAGGCCAGCCACCGCAAGCACGCCUCCUCCGCCGCGGCCGCCGCCGGGGUGACGACCAGCCGAACCUCGAGCACCUCCGCGGCGACGACCUCCUCCGGCGUCUCCGGGAAGGUCCACGAGUGCUCGAUCUGCCACAAGAGCUUCCCCACCGGCCAGGCGCUCGGCGGGCACAAGCGGUGCCACUACGAGGCCCCCGCCCCCAUCCCCGCCUCCUUCUCCGCCCCCUCCGCCGCCGCCGCCCCGGCCGCCAGCGGGGUGAGCGUGUCGGAGGGCGUGGGGUCCACGCACACGCAGAGCCAGGGGCACCGCGAGUUCGAUCUGAACAUCCCGGCGCUCCCGGAGUUCUCCAGGUUCGUCGUCUCCGGCGGGGUCGACGACGAGGUGGAGAGCCCGCACCCCUCCAAGAAGCCCCGGUUCCUGGCGCCGGCGGUGAAGACGGAAGCGGCCUGAACUGGGUCGGAUCGAAAACGCACAGAAGCCAAACCAAAACUCGGCGACUUGGAAACGGGAAUUCGAUCGAGUUUCAGAUAGGAAUAGAAAUAUACUAGAAACGAUUUGGUUUUUUGUUCUUUCUCUUCUUGUUUUGCUGGGUGAUGCUGGAGUUCUUCUCGGGGGGAAGGAGGUGUACAUACAGCUUCAACCGUGGGUAGUUAGCUUUGCUUAGUUCGUUUGAACUUCGAAGCCAGUUUGAUUCAUUGAUUGGUUGAAAUUCAAUUCAUUUCGAUUUCCAUUUA